CUCAAGCACACAGACGACUGCAGCGGCGCCGCUCUCAAGUUCCGCCGUCUCCACCGCAUUCCAACAUAAGAUCAGUCCCGGGCAUUGCUGUUGAAACACACCCAAAGUCAUAUGACGUCAUGGAAAUAGUGGAUGAGCUAUGCGAUGAGGAGUGCCAUCGGUAUACAGCCUUCAACUUCAAACUGCCCUUUGAGGAGCCAAUCCAUAGUUCAGCUAAUGGUUUGAUCUUUCUAAGAGGCAUCGGUCAUGGUGAUCUUAUCCUGUGCAAUCCAGUCACAUGUGACUAUAUCAAGCUCCCUUCUCCUCGACAAACCACCUCAGAACAUCAGCUUGUAUAUGAGAAUUUUGGAUUUGGAGUGAGCAGAACGACCGGCCAAUAUAAGGUGGUUAGGAUUUUCUUUGAAAAACCACUACAUGAGUACACAAAUGAGUGCCAAGUAUACACUGUUGGAACCGGAAUGUGGAGAAAAGUUCCCCUUGGUAGCCGGCACCGUUAUGUUGACAAGCUUGGAGGGUUCCUUUUUAAUGGAAAUCUUCAUUGGAGGGUACUUGAGAACAUCGGAGAUGACUUGGUUGAAUGGAUUUCUUGCUUUGAUCUUGAAACAGAACUUUUUAGCACAUUUGCUACACCCUAUAUACAUGGUGUAUGUCCCUACUAUAUUAAGACACCAUGUGUUUUGAGGGAUUGCCUCCGUUUGUGCUAUAAAACUGGUACAAAUGUUCGGGAGCUUGCAAUUUGGUCGAUGAAGGAAUAUUGGAAUGAAAAAUCUUGGACAAUGGAAGUUUUAACCGGCCCAGCUGUAGGAGGACAUUAUGUACUUCAUGCUUCCCCAUUCAAAGUUUUCGAGAAUGGUGACAUCUUGAUGGAAUGUGAUAGGGAGAAUCUAUGCUACUACUCCAACGAGACUAAAACUUACCAUGAAUUCUUUAUUCGAGAGGAUUGUGAUGAGUAUAUAUCUACGACCAUGUAUACCCCAAGCUUUCUCACUCUGAAGAAGUUUGUGAUGGAGAAUGUGAGCUCAUUUUGAGCUGUGAUUGUUGUUUAUUGUCUGCUGAUGAAAUACAUGAAUGGUGAGGGACAUGAGAGACAAACCUCUUCUUGGAUUUCCAUUGGAAUUUUCAGAUAUGCAAUUUUAUAAUUACAAAUAUUUAUAUGAUUCUUACUUAGGUUCUUAUGAUUCUUGACAAAAUAAUUUUGUUUUAUAUCCAUAUGGAAUUGUUCAA